AUGAUGCCGGUAGAUGGCGGUCGACAAGCUAUAAACCGUACACCGAAACGCUUAUCCGGUUAUAUCAACAGGAUCGAACAGCGCACAAUUGGUGGUCCAUGUAAACGUCGUUACUGGUUUGUGUUAUCAGAUGAUUCACCCUAUUUGUACUGGUACAAAAAUAAGGGCGAUAUUAGUUGUACAGGACGAGUGCCACUGUCCGGAGCUGCUUUUACUUUUGAUCCUCGUGAAACUGGCCGAUUUGAAAUACAUGUGAAUAAUGAGAUACAUCUUCUCGAAGCAGCGGACAAUAAGUCACGUGUUCAGUGGUUACAGCAGCUUCAGAGCAAUCGUCGCCAACAUUAUGAGAAAGAAAAUAUUGACGACAUAUUGAAAAUUGAGAUCGUGUCUCUCUCGUCUCACUCACUUUCUGGAAAUGAUCACUGUAUGAAGAGUUCUUCGAAUACUGAAAUUAAAAAUUUAGAACAGGGUGAGGAUAUGGUAGUAAUAGAAGGACCUCCAGAUGAAAAAUCACUUGAAGAUGAAAUUAAUGAUGCUACCCAAUCUACAUUUUAUCUUAAUUCCGAUGGAGAACUGAAUGCAAAAAGUUUAGAGAUGCCAAUUUCAAUCCCUCCCAAUACAGACGUCUUGAGAAGCGCAGAGGAAUUAAUUGAAAAAAUAGCAGAAGGAACUCAAGCAAAAGCGAAAAUACUUGAACAACCAGCGAAAAAGGUGAUAGGCAAAGCAAAAGCUUCGCUGCGGCUUUCUACAUCACUACGACCGCCUUGUGAGCACUGCAAAAUUUUACUUGGUAUUGUGAGUGAACUUAAAGAUCGUUGUUAUGAGCUUACGGACGAAGUAGGAGCUAAUCAAGAUUUGGUUACAAUUCUACGGCAGAGUUUGGUCAAGUCAAAUCGUCAAAUAGAAUUACUAAAACGGAUGGAAGAACAGAAAAACCCUCAGGAAAGAAUUAGUAUGAUUCUGGAGAAAGAAAGUGAACUUACAGCGUUGCAGCUUAAUGCAGCAUCUUACAGUCGUGAAAUUCGGAUUUUAAAGGAGCAAAAUAAACAGUUUGAACAAAAAAUUGAAGAAUUAACUACUGAAAUUAGUGCGUUUCGUGAAUCGGUGCGUUCAAAAGAAGAGCUUAUAAUGAAAAUUUAUAGUGAGCAGGAAGGAAAUGAUGUUUUGGGUCGCUCAAAUAUGUUGCUUGAUGAUGUUGAAGUGCCUGAAGGAAUAUUAGUCGAUUUUGGUAGUAACUCAUUUGAUGAAAAUGCGCAACGUGUAUUUGACGAGGCAGCUGUUAAUGAUGUGACGGAAAUGCGUGAUCUUGUUAUGGGAUAUCGAAAUCAGAACAUGUUUUUGAAUCAGGAAGUUCUCGAGCUUCAAAAAAUUGUACACAAUUUGGAAGAUAGGGAGCGACGAAUUACUCGGCAAAACUUUGACAUUGAAGCUUGCUAUUAUCAACUUAAAAGUCGGUACAUCAUGGUGCUAAAUCAUUUUAGAGCAUCGAAAACUGACAGUAGAGUUUUGCAACCAGGAGUAAUUGAGGCUCUGAUUGAUGAAACAAACUGGACUACAAACAAAAGAAUGUUAAACAACGACAAAAUAGAAACGAGACUUACUGAUUCUCUCGGAUUUUAUCUGAAUGACGAUAGAAAGCGCCAUCAGUUACAACCUACUGACAUGUUUGAAGUUGCUGCUGAAUUAAAAAGUAUAAGUGACGAGAUCAUUGUUCAACAGGAAAUGGAGCAGAAUCCACAGUACAUAGAUUGGCUACAAAAAUGGGAUAGUUUUCUGGUGAAUUCUGCAGUACGUCCUCUGAAACCCACAAUCGAACUAAAGAAUUUGGUGAGAACCGGUAUACCAAAAACAUAUCGACCGAGAGUUUGGAAAAGUCUUGUUAAUUACGUAGUGAGUGAUGAAAAAGCCGAUCUCGGCAACGGCUAUUAUGAAACACUUCUUCGAAAGGUGAAUGCUGCUACCAUAAAUACUCUUGAAAAUGAUAGUGCUUUGAAGCAGAUAGAUUUGGAUUUGGCUCGAACUUUACCCACAAACAGAUUUUUCGAUGAGCCAACAUCAGAAAAAAUUGUUGUUUUGCGUCGCGUACUUUGUGCAUAUCGUUUUCAUAAUAAGUCUGUUGGGUACUGCCAGGGACUAAAUCGUCUGGUUGCUAUUGCUUUAUUAUUUCUUGAAGAAUCGGAUGCUUUUUGGUUUUUGGUCUUACGUGAUCUAGUUACUGAAAAACUUCCAAAAUUAUCAUCUCAUUUGCGCAAAUUUGAGGUGGACCUCUCAGCUUUUACUCUGAGUUGGUUUCUUACAUGUUUUGUUGACGUCUUCCCGCAUACUAUUUAUUUGAAUUUGUUCGACGUUUUCCUCUAUGAAGGGAAUAAGGUUCUUUUUCGAUUUGCUCUUGGAGUGUUGAAACUUGCUGAAACUUCAGUGUUGGAAUGUAAAUCCGUUGGAGCUGUGCAUGCUUCAUUAAGUAGAGUAGCUCAGCAUGUUCCCAACUUCAAGACAUUAGCGCAGAUUGCUUUUAACGAUUUAAAUCCUUUUCCACAAAAAGGUAUAGAAAUGAAAAGGCAAUUUUAUCUUAGCCAGUUAACAGCGACGCAGUAA